CAGGUGCUGUUUCUCUUGCGCUCCUACCAGACUGACUCACACAGACCCCUGCCAGCAGGAAGCGGCAUCGGUGAAGCUCUCUGUCAGCGCAUGUGGCUCGCUUCUCGACAGAACAGCUGUGUGGUGACCAGAGGAGCCUUUGUGGAUGUGUUGGUGUGCCUGUGUGGGCCUGACAUCAGCAUUCUGGAAGAUUCAGAGGUCGGCACACUCCGUCAGAAGACUCUGUCCGUCCUCACGGCCUCAGAACUGGUCACUUCCUGCAAUUCCUCUGCCACCUUUGGGCCUGGCAGCACCCAGUACCUCCUCAGCCUGGCUCGGGUGGGCCUCAGCGCCGGUGUGGAGUUCCCUGAGCUCUGGGACGGCCCCCAGCUGAAGACCAAGCUCCUGGACCAUCUGCUGCAGUGCCCGCAGUACGAGGUGAGGGAGCUGGCAUUAGAGGGGCUACUGAGGAAGCUGGAGGAGGAAGAGGAGGAGGAAAGGAAGAGGAGGCCUGAGUGGCUGGAUGAGACCACCCAGUCUAACCUGACCAGUCUGGCUCUUCAUGAGACUCACCCACAGUGUUUGGCCAAGGUCCUGCAGGUUUUGUGUGUGCUGAGCUCCAGCGACGAGCUUCCGUGGAAGGAUGGUGCAAGGGUUUUGUCCCUGGAGGAGGUUUUGUUGCACCUCCUAACAUUGGCUCAGAACUCUGCUCACAGCGUGGAGCUCCACUGUGCUGCCCUGACGUUGGCCUCGCAACUGGGGAUUCGGCUGGUGAACUCUGACCCGCAGAGUUUGAGUGCAGUGGCUUGUUUCGCUCAGUGGGGGGCGUUGGUGUGCUCGUGCUGCAGCGAGGAGCGACCAGCGGAGGUCAAGCUGGCGGCCGCAAGGGUGCUGGUCAAAUGUACGUCCACCCUGCUGACCAGCCCUCGUCUGCCACUGGGUCUGUCCACGACAGUUUCACUGUGGAGGAGUCUGUUCGUGCUGCUGCAGGACGAAGACCAAGAAGUCCGAGAUUCAGCAUCUGACUUCAUCUUUAACGUGCCAGCUCGUCUGCUCAGUACAGACAUGGCAGGUGUGUUCACGUGUCCGCCUGCGGCCCUGGAUUCAGGCGUCGGGCUCCUGUGUCGGCUGUUCGAGAUGUGGGGGGAGGUACAAGCCGGCAUCCUUGCUCUGACACAGUGGCUGCUGGGGGAGGAUGAGCACAGCCAGGAUGCAGCUGUAAAUGAAGCUUCUAGUCUGGACGAUGACGACUUCCUGUUCGAGAAAGGGGAUCUAAACCUGUGGGCUGAGCCCAUCCAGUGGGUGAAGCUGCUUCACAGACACCUUGGCUCCCUCAUCCUAACCUUCAAGGACACUCAGGAACCGGGAUCUGCUGGGCUGGACCAGGUUAACCAAAUCCACACUCUGGCCCAAAGCAAGGCCCUCAGCUCCCAGCAGGCCCUGGACUCCCUCCCAGCUCUGCCUCAGUUCUGCUGCACCAUCGAGCACGCCCGGCUGACGCUGCGUCAGCAGAGGGCCGCUCUGGCUCUAGAGGUGCUGGACAGGCUGAGACAGAGAAGCUAGAAGAGAUCGGUUUUAGUUGCACCAGUUGUUUAUUUUCGAUGGGAAAAGACUUCCAAAUAUUUCAGUUAUCACAUAAAUGGAUUUUAAUGGCCCGACACAGGAGACCACAGGCUGGUUUUGUGGUGAAGUCUUUUAAUGAUCAAGUGGAGGGAAUGAAGGAACUCUGAUGUUUUUUGUUUUUUACUUCAUGUCUUACAAAUGUUGCUCUCAUUGACUGCCAGUAGCGUCAUAAGUGCAUGAUUACUGUUCCGUUAUUAGUGUACUUUUUAAAUCCAAUGUUCCCAACUGCUAAAAUGGAAAAAAUAAAACAUAAUGU